GUUUGUUGUUCAGGCUUAUCAAAGAUGGCGAAAGUCGCGGUCGCAGCGGUGCAAGGGAAGAAGGCCUUGUCUCUGUUACUGGGAAAGUGCGUUCCCUGUGUAAAGCAAAAUGCCUCAAAAAUACGGGUUCAGCAUUUUAAACUCGACACAAACCUUAACAUGUACUACCGAGAGAACUCCUUCUUCUACGCCCACGAUCCCCAGGCGUUGUGCAAACCUGGAGACACUGUUUUGAUUAGGGAAUUGCCCAGCAAAGUGACUCGCCUCAUCACACACGAGAUCCUGGAGAUAGUUUACCCAUUGGGUGACGUAACGGAUCCUGUGACUGGAAAGAAGGUUGUUGUAGGCAAAUACAGGGACGAUAUCAAGGCAGAGGACAAAUUGUUUGGAAGAACAGAGUCUGCUUUUGAUUAUGAUAAAGCACCUCCGAGGGGAAGCCAGGAGGAUAAACGUGACUUCAGUCACAGAGAAACGUACACGAAGUAUCACGAAGAUCCAAAUGACCCACAACCAUAUGCCGUAUAAAUUUGCAGUGUCACAUCUUACAAACUAGCUUAAAAUACAUGUUGAUACAUAAA